UUCUGCACCGUGUCGAGAGUGGGUCGAGAUCGUGCUGUAAGUAAGAAAGUCCUAUGGAUAUGUGUGGAUGAGCUAAGAUGACACUGGGUAUUUGCUGCGGCAGAGACUGGUGACAUUUUUUCUGCGCCACUGUCGGCUUUUAAAGAAAAAUGCAUCAUAACCAGGAGGAGAAGUCGGUAAAUCCUAUUACUGCGCAGCUCGGGACGGCGACCAACGGUGACUCCAACAGCCUGGGAAGCAACUUGGGCAGCGGCCUCACUGACCUCGAGCCACCUGCUUACUCCAAACUGGAGUUCAGGAGAAAUGCGGUGACGGAUGACUACAAAAUAACAUCUCAGGUUCUCGGCCUGGGAAUCAAUGGCAAAGUACUGGAGUGUUAUUGCAAGAAAACAGGAGAGAAAUGUGCCCUCAAGAUUCUCUAUGACACCCCUAAAGCCAGACGAGAGGUUGAGCUGCACUGGCGAGCGUCCGGAGGUCCCCACAUUGUACGGAUACUUAGCCUGUAUGAGAACAUGCACCAGGGGAAGAAAUGUCUCCUCAUUGUUAUGGAAUGCAUGGAGGGAGGGGAACUGUUCAGUCGCAUUCAGGCCAGAGGGGACCAGGCUUUCACAGAGAGAGAGGUGUCGGAGAUCAUGCAUGACAUCGGUAUGGCCAUAGACUACCUCCACCACAUGGACAUUGCUCACAGAGAUGUAAAGCCUGAAAACCUGCUCUACACCACUAAGGAGAGUAAUGCUACUCUAAAGCUGACUGACUUUGGCUUUGCUAAGGAGACAACACUGCACAACUCCCUGCAAACUCCGUGUUACACGCCGUAUUAUGUUGCGCCGGAAGUGCUUGGGCCAGAGAAAUACGACAAAUCAUGUGACAUGUGGUCUUUGGGUGUAAUCAUGUACAUUCUACUCUGUGGGUUUCCUCCAUUCUACUCAAACACAGGCCAAGCCAUCUCUCCAGGCAUGAAGCAGAGGAUCAGGUUGGGCCAAUAUGAGUUUCCGAAUCCAGAGUGGGCAGACGUUUCUGAGGAAGCCAAACAGCUCAUCAUUCAAUUACUGAAGACAGACCCCAGUGAAAGGAUGACCAUUGGACAGUUCAUGAACCAUCCUUGGAUUAGUAAGUCCAUGGUGGUCCCUCCGACACCCUUGCACACCUCUCGGGUUUUAACAGAGGACAAGGAGUUGUGGGAAGACGUAAAGGAGGAAAUGACCAGUGCCCUGGCCACCAUGCGCGUGGAUUACGACCAGGUGAAGAUCAAAGACUUGGAUACAUCCAACAACCCUCUGCUGAAUAAGAGACGCAAGAGGCCCGUUCUUCUGGGAGCUGACGGAGGGGGUGGAGAUCAAAGAGGAAUGUGUAUUAGUCAGGGAGAAGUAGCAUUUUCUGAAGAACAUGGUAAAAUAAUCCUGGAAGAACAGUAGUAUUAAAACCAGAGUAGCAACAUUUUCCACCAACAUAUCACUUGUUGUAAUUUACUUAUUCUUUGUGUUACUGUGCUCAUUCUAAGGAGUCACAUUUAUUUGUAACUCUUACUACUCAAAUCAAGCUAAAUAAAAGUUUGUUUGUUUUUUAUCUUUCA